AUGGCUACUGAUCCGAAGAAGUACAGUCUGAAUCACACGAUGCUUCGUGUGAAGGAUCCUCAAAGAUCGAUCAAGUACUACGAGCUCCUUGGCAUGAAACAGGUCAACAAAAUAGAAAACCCCGAUGCAAAAUUCGACUUGUACUUCCUUGCCUAUGACAACCCCAAGAGUCUCUCCGCCGGCCAGCACUGGACCGCCCGUCAAGGCAUCCUGGAGCUAACUCACAACUACGGCACCGAAAAAGACGACAGCUUCAAAGUCGCCAACGGCAACUCCGAUCCAGGCAAAGGCUUCGGCCACAUCUGCAUCAGCGUAGACGCCAUCCAAGCUGCCUGCCAGAGGAUCGAAGACGCUGGCUACAAGUUUCAGAAGAAACUAACAGAUGGCCGCAUGAGACAUAUCGCAUUCGCCCUCGAUCCAGAUGGGUACUGGGUGGAAAUAAUCGCGUUCAAUCCCGUUGACAAGACUGAGGACGUCAAGGAGACAGAUCCCGCCACUUACAAAUUCAACCACAGCAUGAUCCGGGUCAAGGACCAUGAGAAAUCUCUCAAGUUCUAUCAGGAUAUCAUGGGUAUGUCAUUGAUACGGACUUCGGAGAAUGAGUCCAACGGCUUCAAUCUCUACUUCUUGGCGUACCUGGGAGAUGAAGCCGUACCUAAAGAGUCCGCGAAUGGUGUCAACCCGACCGCUGAGCGGGAGGGUCUGCUCGAGCUGACUUGGAAUUACGGGACUGAGAAAGAUGCCAACUUCAAGUACCACAAUGGCAACGAUGAGCCGCAAGGAUUUGGUCAUAUCUGUAUCGCUGUUGACGACAUCGAUGCGGCAUGCAAGCGCUUUGAGGAGAAAGGUGUAAACUGGAAAAAGAAGUUGACGGACGGCAGGAUGAAGAACAUCGCAUUUGUGUUGGAUCCUGAUGGGUAUUGGAUCGAGGUAAUUCAGAAUGAAAAGAUGAAGAGGACAAGCAAUUGGUAG